CUGGCUGGGAGCUGCCGCUGCCUGAGCCGCUGCCCGCGCAGACCAUGAGACGAGGCUGCGGGGAGCCGGGCUGCUGCCGGGGCGCCGCGACCGCACUGAGCUGGAACUGCUAACGCGCCCGCGGCUGCUGCUGGGGGAGGACCAGCUCCCCCCUCCUCCUCCGCAGCGCCACAGAGACCUGCCGACCCCGGGCAGCAGCAGCAGCAGCAUCCUCUCCAGCAGCAGCAGCAGCACCAACAGCAGCAGCACCAUGGACCUUUCCUUCAUGGCUGCACAGAUUCCUGUUAUGGGAGGAGCCUUCAUGGACUCACCCAAUGAGGAUUUUGGUACAGAAUACUCCUUGUUUAAUUCAUCAGCCAAUGUCCAUGCAGCUGCUUCAAUGCAGAACCAGCCAGAAGAGACAUCCCGCUCCUCAAACGAUGCCAUAUUGUUAUGGAUUGCGAUCAUAGCAACAAUUGGAAACAUUGUGGUUGUGGGAGUGGUGUAUGCCUUCACGUUUUAAGAAGACCGGAGAUUGGAAUACUGAAGGAGUGGAUGGCUACAAGCGUGUUUGUUGUGUGUGUUUGUGUAUAUAUACAUGUAUAGCUAUAUAAAUAUAUAUAGGUAGACACAUUUUGUUCAUUAAAAGCUGCCACAGUACUAGAAAUGAAGUGCAAGUUAUUAAACUUGAACUUCAGUAGCAAAGUUUGGAUGCAUUGGCAAAUUUUGUGGGGGCAAAAGCUUUAAUCAAGAACAACCAAUACAUGUCAUGUAUAAAUUAGAUGUGAAAGGCCAAUGCCGAUAUGCGAAAUACAAAAUGAAAGUGAGAUUUAUGUAGAAAAUGUUUAUUUCCUAUUGGUUAGAUUUUCUAGUAGCUCUUCUGUUUUUCGUUUGUUCCUUUUGUUGAGUUUUUAAUCUGCUUUUGGGAUUGGUAUUUCUAUCACAACAUUAUAUGAAAAAUGCUCUGUAUCUUAUUCUCCAUGGAAAUCUAGUUAUCUAGUUGUGCAGAUGCAUUGGAUGGUGGGCAUUGGCUCAAUUGUAAUUUUCAGGAUUCUUGUGUGUUGAACUAAAAUACCCAUGAUCAGUUGGCAAUGUGUAAAGUGUAGAUAUUAUUAAUCUUAAAGCAGUGGCAUGCAGGUGGAUGCAUGGCUGGUUUAACUAGGACUCCCCUUCUAAAGACAGUGAGCAGAUACGAUAAUCUGAGUGUUAGUACUGAAUCUGCUUCAUAUUUCCAGAACCUAUACUCCAGAGGAUGAAGUGCUGGCAAGUGAGUUUUAAACGCGAGGGGCAAAAGCUCCAAUUUCCAUCAGACUCUUUCCAGCCAGAAAGGAUAAUGAUUAUAGUUCAUUGGAUUGACCCCUUCUAGAAAAUAAAGACCGGGGCUCUUUUUGGUUCAUUAUGCUGAAAUCCAAAUUUCCCACAAAAGCCAUGUGGUCAAAUAAGCUUUAUUUAUGAAUGAAAGAAAUGACUUAAAGUGCAGUAAUUCUGCAGCCUAAUUAACUGCCAAUGAUUCAUCUAUGGGGAUAAAUGAAUCACAAGGUUUACCAGAUAGCCCUACUGUGCACAUACAUAACCUCCCAUGGUGAAUUGGGUACAUGAGUUACAUGGGAUAUAUGGAGCAUUGGAGGGCAGUAGCUUAAGGGAAGUUGCUGAUAGACUUGACAACUGUUUACAUUUAGGCACUAAUAUGUUUCUAUGGCCUGAUAACAAGGGGGGAAAUGUAAAAUUAAUUGUGGUAGCAAUUUUAUACAAAUAUUUGUAUUCAAUAUUCUAUUAAUGGGUAAUGUCUUUGUUGUAUUAAUCUUGUGAGCAAUGACUUUUAAGGGCUGUAUCCAUCCAAAAUAAUAUGUAGCCUUCCUUGCCAAAGGAAUAUAUAUAUAUCUUCAGCCAAAGCUCAUCUGAGCUGUAAAAGUCUGCCCCAUUUCUCCUUCUCUUUUAAAAAAGGUGAUGGAUGUGAACAUAGAGAAAUGGCAGCAGAUAAAUACUUUACACAAAACCUUUGUGUAUUUGACAGUUCUCCCUCUACUCUUGUCUCCUACAUCUAUUAUCCUGAUUUCAGAAGGCCCUGUCUGCAGACAUGGUGGCUAUUUUUGACACUUCUCUGUCACUCAGCUCAAGGCUGGAGUAAGAGCUGGCAAAUGUAUGGAGAGGUUUUGCUUUUAUUUUUCUCUCUAAACCAAUUUUCCUGCAGGGUUGGUGGAUAGUCACACAAUCCAGGACAAUAUGUCCUAAAUGAGCAUUUCAACUUUUGCAUUUAUUUAUUGUUAGUCAAAGUGUUGGCCUGUAAAGCUGCCCCGGUUUUUUUGCAGCUGGCUCACUGUCAGUCAACUGCAAAGAUCCUUGAUCCAUGAAAUCACAGGAGAGGAUUCCCAAGGCCCUUUUCUAGGGGCCAUACCGUACUCUGUAUGGCUACCACUUCUGGAGGGAAGUGCAGUACCAUUCCAUACCACUGAACCUCUGGAACCAGACUCCUGGUUAGACUGUAUGGAUGAUCAGUUACGGAGUAUCUGUGACAGGCACCUGUGAAGCUGGUAUUUUAGAUGAUUGGCAUGCUACUAUGUCUACUCUCUCCUUUAUAGACAGAGGAUUUAGCAGGGGAAACAUCUAUUAAUGCUCAUGUGAGUUACAUACAUAAAUUCCCUGCAUUCUGGUAAGAGAGUAAUCCAUUAAGUGCCAAAUCCUGUAGCCCAAGUAAAGCCCUGAAUGCAGUGAAAUUAGUGUGGCAGAAGGACCUCUACAGUUGACUCAAAGAGGAGGCAUUUGGGGGUAGGAUGAGUUAUGUCAGCAGUGCAUUUGUAGUCCCCUCUCCCCGCCCCCAUGUACAUGUGUAUGUAGUGGAAGAGCACAGCCCUCCAUGGAGCAGCCUGAUGAAGGAGACUUCUGCCUCCCACCCCACCACCAAUUGUCAAGUGAAGUCCUUAGUGCAAGGCCCAUCUAAUCAGGCUUUGGGCAGGGGAAAAGAUUUGGUCCUAAGUGUGUGUGUGCCUCCUCGGCUUUCCGUUUUAAGACACUCAUGUAUGGUAGAACAGUUUAAUUUCAUGCCCUCAGCUACUUCAGGUGUGUCACUAGCAUCAUAAUUGCAUCAAUUAGUUACUAAUAGGAUUUUUCAGUACCUCAAUAAGGCUCUGUAGUGAUGCUACCUCGUGCAGUAAAACUGUUUUUGCAUGGUUAAUAGUAAAGCAUUUUCACCCUAAUUAAAACCAGUUAGACAAUGUUGUAUUUAUCUAAUGGGAAUCUUUUGCUGCUCCAUGAAUUUGCCAGUAGAAUGCUUUGCUUCAACUUUUUAGGAUUUUAAUCUAAAUGCAAUUAGCAAAGUUUAUCUUUAAUCUCCCAAAGUAUUGGACCAAAUUGAAAAGGUACAGUCAACCCUGAAAAAAAUACUUGAGAAUGAGUUGUUUUAAAAUGAGAGACACUGCCAUGUUGUCUUGUGCAAAGAGGUGCCCUACUUUCAUAUGAAGGCAACAGGAAUUGCAGGAAAGAUUGGAACGAACAAGUUCUCCCCCUGUCCUCUUCAAAUAUAUUUUUCAUCAUCAGAGUUGACUUGCCAGGAGGGGCCUGAUGUAACUUAAUGUAAUUGAUUUAAGAGGGUGACAUAUAAAGUAGGGUAUCUAAGGAAAAUAUUUGCUCUUGCCACAUCUCACACUUGAAAAGAUUGUAAAUGUGUAGUUAGCACUGUGAAUUCAGGAGAUUUCCACAAAAUAAAGGCAGGUGUGAUGGGAACUUUAUGAUUGAAAAUAGCCUUCUCCAGGGAUAUAUAUGGACUAUUGAAUGAAAAGUCUGGGCAGUGUGUUGUCAAGCAUAUUAGGGAUGGGCUUGCACUGAGGCUGAAUCUCAUCAAACUAGGUGGAUAUGCAGCUCCAGAACCAGAUGUUAGCUGACUAGGUAUUUGUAACAGGAUCUCAAUGUGGUAGCUGAACCUAAGAUCCAGAUAUGGUGGAUUGGAACUUCAGCGCUUGGCCCUCUCUCUGUAUUGGGCCAAACCGGAAGGCGGAAUCCAAAUACCUCCACGUAUUGGGGAAUUUCAGAUUUGGAUCCAGUUCUGCAUCCAGACAUUGCAAAAUGAACUCGACUCCCAAUCCUAACUGGUGAAAGCAGCAGUUCUGGGAGAAUAAGUAGGGCCACGGCAGAUGCUUCUGCAUCAGGAUCCUUGAACUUUUGACUGCAUUUUAGUGCUCUUCUUAAGCAGGUGUAUGCUAUGCCCUGACCUCCUCCAGCUAGCACUUAUUGCUGACAGCACCAUAGCCACUAGCCCCCUGUGGACUGUGUAGCCCCCUCUUCCAACAGCCCUCACUCUCUUUGGGAUGUGGUAUGAGCUUCGGCACGUCAAUCAGGAAUUUCUGCCUGUGCAUUUGUGCAUGCUGGGGAGCCAUUCUAUGUGGC